AUGGAUCCCUCCAGCAAACUCAACAUUGUGUAUUCUCUUUUUACACCAAAUGUGGCCACCAUCGCGGGAGCCUUCACUAAUGCCUAUAUUACUUUGGUGAUUUUGUUCGAUUAUUUUCAAACAAAAAUAAUGAGCGCCAGCAAUAAGGUAUUAGUUGCCCUGAGCUUAUCCAAUGUUUACGUUUCUCUUAUAUUAUCCGUUAACUCAAUUAUCAGUUUUUUUUGGCCCCAAAUGUACGCAGAACCAUACGUCAAGGGCUACAUCCUUGCUCUGCUCAUAUUUGGAAUUGCUUCAUGUGCCUGGACUACUACCUGCCUCUGUGUCUUCUACUUUGUGAAGAUAAUCAACUUCAGCUCCAGGCUUCUUACUAGCUUCAAGAUGAGGAUCAACAUCCUUGUUCCGUGGCUCAUACUGUUUUCAGAAGUGGUGUCCUUGGGCUGCAGUUUCCUUACUUUACUGCCUUAUGCUAAUAGCCUAGAACCUUCAUCAAACACCACAUUGUUCUACUCAGUCAACUCAACAUCAGGAGUAAGUGGCAUCUACACUGGAUUUAUGAAGGUUACCUUUGUUGCUGUUUGUCUUCCUUUGUUGAUUAUAUUUGUUACUACCUUCUCUACCAUUGGCUCGCUAUAUUUGCACAGUAGGAGAAUGGAGAGUACAGGGACAACUAACAGUGUGACUCCUCAUCGAAGUGCUGUGUGUAUGAUGGCAUGGCUCCUUCUUCUAUAUACUGUUAUUUUUGUGGUGCUGUUUUCAUAUUUUCUUCAUCCUAUCAGUCCACCAAGCUUUGGCUAUUGGAUGAGUUAUAACCUGAUAUAUGUAUUUACUUUGGUGCAAUCUGUCGUUCUAAUUCAAGGUAACCCUAAACUGAAGGAAGCAUUUGCAAGAUAUUUCAAUGGUUUUUGUU